AUGGACCACCUUGACGAGAUCGAGAAGCUUUCCAACCGAAUUGCUAGACACGCGCACGUCAUCUACGGCGCCGCCUACCCCAGCGCACACACCUUCGAAGUCGUGACCACCUGCUAUCCACGCGAAGCACCGGGUGACGCCGGCGGGGGCGGGAUGCGAGAAGUACCCAAGAAUGAUUUCUACACUGCCAAGCUCGUCGCCUAUCUCGGUGACAACUUCAAGAACUGCCUGGUAUUGAUACAAAGCACUCCGAGGCCGUCGGACAAAGGCGCGAUCGAGGCGUUGUGGGGGGAUGUUCAGGCUUGUAUGCUGGAGAUACGACGUAAGUUCAUUGCAACGUUGACAUGA